UGCGUUGUUGUCUCCGUUCAGCACUGGGCUUCUAGACGACAUGGUCCCACUCCUCAGCUCGGCAGUUAACAAAUACCUCGUGACAGCCAUGGUGGACAGACUGCAGGCCACGGGAGGUUGUGUCAUCGUUGCAUCUGAUUGACAGGCGUGAACGUGGAGCCCUGAUGAAUGAACAGCAACAUGAAGUAUAAGAAGUUUAUUACUAUCAUGCAGGCAGCUCUGGGAGUCGCCCCGCUCAACAAGAGGGAGAUGAUGCCACCGCCACGAAAACUUUGGAAACGUGCACGGGAGCGGUACAGCUCAGAAGUGUGUGUGCUGAGACAUUUGGAUGGCUUUAACACACACCACUACCAGCAGCCUCACACACUAUGUGCGCGUGUGACUUCCUGUCAUCACCAGGGCUCAGGGAUGGAGGAGACGGUGUGGGAGCAGUACACAGUUACUCUGCAGCGAGACUCAAAGAUGGGUUUUGGUAUCGCUGUGUCUGGGGGUCGUGACAACCCCAAUGUUGAAAAUGGGGAGACGUCAAUCAUUGUGUCAGACGUGCUGCAGGGAGGACCGGCUGAUGGACUUCUUUUUGAGAAGGAUCGAGUCAUUCAGGUCAAUUCCAUCCCCAUGGACAACGUGCCUCAUUCCUUUGCUGUGCAGUCUCUCCGUAAAUGCGGAAAAGUGGCCAAAAUUACGGUUAAGAGACCCUGUAAGGUGGUGGUCCACUCCCUGAAGCAGCCUGCGUCUCCAGGUGGGGACAGUCAGGAUUACGCUCCCUCCGCUCACUACUACGAUGCCGACAACGACAAUGGUUGGUAUCACGAAGAGCCGGGCCGCGACAACACCGCUGACAGCAAAGUUUUCCUGGAGCCAGAGUACAGGGGAGGACGGGAGUAUGGCCAACGAGGAAGGAGCAGGGGGCGGAGCCAGGACAGGAACUCUCCCAGCCCAGACAGAUCCAGGAGGGACGGCAGCCGGGGCCGGGCCCUGGACACCAGUGCUGAGCGCCACAGGUACCACAGCCGAGGACGCAGCCCCGGAGACAGUUAUCGCAUGGAGAUGAAGUACGAGAGAGGUGAAGGAGGAGGAAGAGGCGGGAGGUACAGGAGCAGAGAACAUCUGAAUGACAACCCAUCAACAGAACCUUCCAGAGACCUGGAGCCACUGGACAAACCUGUCAAUGUCCUGUUGGUGAAGAACAGACCCAACGAAGAGUACGGCCUGCGUCUGGGCAGUCAGAUCUUCAUUAAACAGAUGACGACUACUGGUUUGGCUGCAAAAGAUGGGAACCUGCAGGAAGGAGAUAUCAUUCUGAAGAUCAAUGGCACAGUAACAGAGAACCUCUCCUUACACGAUGCUGGUAAACUGAUCGAAAAGUCGAGAGGGAAGCUGCAGUUGGUGGUCCAGAGAGACCACCGUCAGAUUCUGGUCCGCAUCCCACCCCUGGCAGACUCCGACUCUGAUAAUGACGACAUAUCAGAAAUGGAGUCGUACCAUUCUUAUUCCCCUCCAGAGGAACGGAGGUCCCGACAGUCAGAUCUGUCCUCCCGUUCAUCCACAGAGAGAGACAACCCCAGGGACGAACCGCUGAGGACGGCCAAAAUGUCAACCAUGGCCUCCCCAUUCAGAGUCCCAGAGCCCCCCCAGGCCUCAGCAGAGCUGGACAAAGACAUCCUACAAACAGAGGAGCCUCCAGUAGCUUUAACAAACCCACCCAAGAUUCUCCUGCAACCGAGUUCAGAAGACGAAAAAAAUUACGAGCCUAACACAAUGAUGGUGAACUUUCAGAAGGGCGACAGCGUAGGCCUGAGGUUGGCAGGAGGAAAUGAUGUGGGCAUUUUUAUCGCUGGUGUUCAGGAGGGUAGUCCUGCUGAGGAGGAAGGCCUCUCCAUCGGAGACCAGAUCUUGAAGGUGAAUAAUGUUGAUUUUCAAGGUGUAGUCAGAGAGGAGGCGGUGCUGUUCCUGUUGGAAAUCCCUAAAGGAGAUGUGGUAUCCAUCCUGGCCCAGAGCAAACCUGAUGUUUACAAUGAAAUCCUUGUGUCAGGACGUGGAGACUCGUUCUUCAUCCGGACCCACUUUGAAUAUGAGAAGGAAACCCCCCAGAGCCUGGCCUUCCGCAGGGGCGACGUUUUUAAGGUGGUCGACACACUUUACGACGGUAAACUGGGAAACUGGCUGGCCAUCAGAGUGGGCAAGGAUAAGCAGCUGCUGGAGAAGGGCAUCAUCCCCAACAAGAGCAGGGCUGAGCAGAUGGCCAGUGUCCAGAGCUCCCAUAAAGCAGUUGCAGGCGACCGAGCUGACUUUUGGCGUUUACGAGGCCAGAGAUCAGUGAAGAGAAAAGACCUGAGGAAGAGUCGAGAAAAUGUGAGCAGUCACGUGAUGGCCACACCUUUCCCUGCCUACGAACGGGUGGUGCUUCGAGAAGCUGGUUUUCGGCGUCCGGUUGUUUUGUUUGGUCCCAUCGCUGAUGCCGCUAAUGACAAACUGGCUUCUGAGAUUCCCGACCAGUUUGUUAUUGCCAAAACUGAACCUAAGGAUGCUGGAACCGAGAAGUCCUCAGGGGUGGUUCGGCUGAACACAAUCAGACAAAUUAUUGAGCAGGACAAACAUGCCCUCCUGGAUGUAACGCCCAAGGCAGUCAACACCCUGAAUUACACCCAGUGGUAUCCCAUCGUCAUCUUCUUCAACCCCGACAGCAAACACGGCAUCAAGGCCAUGAGACAGAGGAUCAUCCCCAACUCCAACCGCAGCGCCAGGAAGUUAUAUGAACAGUCCGUGAAACUAAAGAAGACCUGCUCGCACCUAUUCACUGCCACCAUUGACUUGAAUUCAGCCAACGACGCCUGGUACGGCAGCGUUAAAGACUCCAUCAGAGAACAGCAGAUGCAGGCGGUUUGGGUUUCUGAUGGAAAGCUGGAGGGAGUAGAGAGUGAUCUGGAGUGCCAGGACGUAGAGCGUCUGUCCUUUCUGUCCGUCAUGUCCACCGACUACCCCAGCAUGGACAGCAGGCUGACGUCUGACCAGGACGACACCGCGGACGAGGGCGGCGGUUACGCUGACACUGAGCCGGAUAUGGAGACCAUGCAGAUCUCCGCCAUCAGCCGUUCGUCUGAACCUGUGUCAGCCGAUGAGAUCUUACGCAGAUACAGUCCAGACAUCCGGAGUCGUGUGAGGAAAGUGAGCAGUCGGGAUGUGUUGAACAGGGUCAACAGUCGUCCUGGGUUCAUAUUAGACAACAAGGUGAAACUGUCUAUGAGGGAGGAACCGGUUCUGACGUCUGGCUCCACUAACCCAUGCUACCGGUACCAGCACCACCCCCCCCCUCCCAGCUCCAGCCACAGUUACGACUCCCCGUCCAGCAGCAGCCCCGCCAGCAGCAACAACGACCCCCCUCCCCUCCUGUCUGCUCCGGCCGCCUCCUACAGCCUGAUGCCUCCGCCUCACCUCAACUCCCGGUUGGUGGGCGGCGCCCGGCUGCUGGCGGCGGAGGGCGCCGUGCCCCCCCCUGCGGCUCCGUCUGGUGCAGGCCUGCCAACCUGCAGGCAGCAGGAGGAGGAGGGGGAGCAGAGUCCCAUCGCCGACCCGUCCAUGAAGUCGUUUCUGGGGAAGAUCAAGGCCUUUGAGAAGAUGGAUCACUUUGCCCGAGCUCAGAGGAUUCUGGAGCUGCAGGAGGCCCAGAACGCCAGGCUGGAAAUUGCACAGAAGCACCCAGAUAUCUACGCCGUUCCUCUGAAGACUGCCAAACUAGACCACAGUCGGCCUCAGCCUAUUGGCUCUAGCUCUCGUCCGGAGCCACAUAUGAGUUCUUCAUCUAAGGAGAGUCAUCUGUUUUACCCCAGUAAAGAGGUGCCAGAGGAGGCAGUGCCCGGAUACUCACACCAGUACCAGGACACGGAGCUGUAGGCCCAGAUGAACCCAGCUGGACCCACCUGGACCCACCUGGACCCACCUGGACCCCCGUCCAUACAGACACUGCACUGCAGUCGAUUUACUACCAUAGCAUUCCAUCCCAGCCUGUACUUGUGAGCUGCCCACACUGACUCUGACUCAAAGGGUUCUUGGUCUUCUGCUGGUUUUGUUUUUUUUUUGUUUUGUUUUUUUUUUUGGAGGGUUUUUUUUUUUUUUCUUCAAGAAAAUCAAAGCAAAUCUUUUUCUAUCUAACUGGAUAGUUGACACUUUGUGUUUGAUGCUCUAUUUAAUGUUUUCUUUCUUUUUCUUGUCAGACUGUAUGAUCAGGAACCACUUGUUUUCUUGCCUAUGCAAUUUUUCAUUUAGUGCACAGCGUUUGCAGCCGUGUGUGUUACCUACAAACACCUUGACAAACCCAAAACCCAAGAUGCGCUUUAUCAUCUCUAUACCCUCCUUCCUCCUUUUGUAAGAUCUUCUAUUUGCCAGUUACAGUCAACAAAGGUUGGAUAUAU